AACUUCUCCCAAAAUGCCUUGCGCGCCCUCUCUCGUUCUCUUCCCUUCCUUUCUCAACAAGAAAGAUGGCUCAGCGUUUGACGUUCAGAAGGCGGCUUUCAUACAACACCAAGUCUAACCGUAGACGAGUCUCUAAGACUCCAGGUGGUCGCCUUGUGUACCUCUACACCAAGAAGCAGGGUAAAGUCCCCAAGUGUGGAGACUGCAAGAAGAAGCUUCAGGGGCUCCCAGCCAUGCGCCCUAUGAAAUUGAUGCACAUUUCCAAGCCACAAAAGACAGUCUCCCGUGCUUAUGGAGGAUCACGAUGCGCUGCUUGCGUGAAGGAAAGGAUUAUUCGCGCAUUUCUGAUUGAGGAGCAGAAGAUUGUAGUCAGAGUACUCAAGGCCCAGCAGGGAAAGAAGACUGCAUGAUCUGUUACUUGAUUGGUCAAUAAAAUCUUGGUGUAAAUACA